UUCGGACUAUUGCUACGGCCCCGGUUAAAAUGGGAAAAAAAACUUUUGAAUAGUCUGACCUGUUUAUCAGCUUACGGAGUUAUACGGUUGCACGAUCCUAUCAAUAAGCUCUAUACAACCCGUAUGAAUACAUGUACAUAUUGAUCCGACUCGCAGUGCAGUGUGUGCCGACUGCAGGACUUUACUCCCAAUCGGUGUCGCAAUGGGCUCAAAAUUUGGGAGUUGGAACUUUACUGACACGGAAUAUAUAACUGAGCCGUUGAUACCGCUUUGUAUUGUAGGUGCAGGGGUUGUUGCAGUGGUUUUGAUAAAGCGGUACACAAGUGGAGGUGUUUGCCGAAGCACGGCAAGACUUGAGGGGAAAACAGUGGUGAUCACAGGAGCAAACACAGGGAUUGGAAAGGAAACUGCUAUAGACUUAGCCAAAAGAGGUGCAAGAGUAAUCCUUGCUUGUAGGGAUAUGGAAAAGGGAAGUCAAGCUUUGAAAGAAGUUUGUGAUGCAUCGGGGAGCCCUCACAAUGUAGCUCUGUAUCAUUUGGACUUGGCAAGCCUGAAAUCAGUAAGGAAAUGUGCUGAUGAAAUUUUGAAGAGUGAAGACAAGAUCAAUAUUUUAAUCAACAAUGCAGGGGUUAUGAUGUGUCCAUACACAAAAACAGAGGAUGGUUUUGAAAUGCAGUUUGGGACCAACCAUUUAGGACACUUUUUGUUCACCCAUUUGCUGCUGGAUCGUAUUAAGACAAGUGCUCCAAGUCGUAUUGUAAAUGUUUCAUCUGUUGCCCAUUCAUUUGGGAAGAUGAAUUUUGAAGACCUGAUGUCAGAGAAAAAGUACAAUUCAAUUACAGCCUAUGGCCAAAGCAAGCUUGCCAAUAUUUUAUUUACACGUGAAUUGGCCAGAAAAUUAGAAGGUACGGGGGUAACGGUUUAUGCACUACAUCCAGGUGCAGUGAAAACGGAGCUUGCCAGACACACAGUUUUUGACAGUCAAAUAUUCAAGUUUCUUUUCUUUCCUCUGAUUUGGUUGCUUUGGAAAAACUCUUGGCAAGGAGCCCAAACUUCAAUUUACUGUGCAGUGGCUGAAGAGUUGGAGGGCAUUAGCGGAAAAUAUUAUUCGGAUUGUGCUGAGAAAAAAACAUCACGCCUUGCACAGAAUGAUGACGAUGCCAGAAAGCUGUGGGAAAUCAGUGAAAAGUUGGUCGGCAUGAAGUCAUAGAUUUUAGUACAAACACUUUAAAGUGUUGUAAGAAUGGUAGUCAAGCAUCUUUCACUGAAAUGAUGCAUCAUUGUGUUUGAAGCAUUCUUCCUUGUAAGUAAGAACCUAUCAUAUUAUUAUUUACAAGCACAAUAAGCAUCGUGUUUGAAGCAUUCUUCCCUGUAAAUAAGAACGUAUCAUAUUACUAUUUACAAACACAAAUUCAAGACAACUUUAUUACAAUGAUUUCAUUUGCACUAAUAACAUUAUGGUCAAGUAUUCAGAUUAUGCACAUAGACUUAAAAUUAAGUUGAUCAAAAUUUAUCAGCAUAUGAUUUUACACGGUAGGGUUUUUUAGUGAUAUCAGUUUCAAACUUUUUGAUGUUUUUUUGACAGUUUUGUCAUUCUUUUGCAUUUGACCUACAAUCUCAAGUUUAACAUGGUAUCAUUUUAUGCACUGUACGUAUUCUUUUGAUUUAUUUAUUCUUAUACUUAAGUUUUUAGCAAAAAUACAGAUGUUUAUCUCUAAAACACUACCCUCUACCAGGGUGACAGAUUGAUUUUUCACAGAUAUUCACAGAAAUGUCUCUAGAUAAAUAGACAGUC